AUGGCGGCGACGGUGCCGCCAGCGAACGAUGAAUCGGGCAAACUUGACCCGCCUGUGGACCCGGCCGAUAGCGAUCUAGAUGCGGAGGGAGAAGAAGAGACUGACUUGUAUGAAAUGGAUCAACGGCUUCAAGAUGCCGUCCACCGAGCAUACACUGGAGAAGUUGAUGAGGAUGGCCCGGAUGAAACUGCGGAUGGAAAGAACGGCAGCAUCAAGUUGAACGGGGAAGAUGAUGAUGACAAUGAUGGGGCUGAACCUGUUGGAGCUGUCAAGCUACCCGACGAUGACGCGGGUUCUGAAGAAGACUAUGCGGAGUCUGAGACAGCCGAUGCAGAUGCCGACCCCGGGUUUGAGGCAAAUGAACGUGACGCGUCAGAACCAGAAUCAAGCGACCACGAAUCAGAAGCCGAAGACUGGGAAGCUGAGAGCAAUGGUCGCGAGGACGUCGAGACUGAUAUUCGCAGUGGUUCAAACUGCUUGGUUUGCAGUCAAGACGAGGAACACGAUCCAAGCGAAGAUUUUGAGGAAUGGCUCACUUGUGUUGUUUGUGGUGAUCACUCCCAUCGGCAAUGCGCUCGGGAACAAGAAGCAUUUGAUGAAACGGAUGGCCCGUGGAGGUGUCCCAGCUGUGUUCAAAACAAUUUAGAGCCUGACCCGAUAAUAAAUACAACGACAGAAACCACACUCGGAGCCUCGGCCCUUCCCAAAGAGCUUCUGCCUGCGCACGCUGGCACACACGACGAGGGAUUCCAUUCUAUCUUCAACACAGGCGUUGACGACGAGAUGCUCAAUAGCUCGCGAUCGCUUCGAAAGCGAAAGGCCUCAUCAAUCGAGGCCGAAGAACACAUACCUGUGCUUCGAAAGAGACUUCGACAAACAUCUUUCCGCUCCGAUAACCCAAUUUUGAAUGAUGCGGCCUUGGAGGGGGAUGCGAUUGCUGAUGGUGAUGUCCAAUCUCCUGCUCGGACACGUUCUGUACGCGUGAGACGAACUCGCGCAGUGGACCGAGAGCACUGCCGCGUGGUAACUAGGCAGUUUGGAAAAUUGAUUAUUGGGUUCCGGCUGGACGAGGCAAAAAUGUCCAAAAUAACAGGCACUCAAAUCCGACCGCAACGCAAGAAGAAGAGAGCACCAAAGCCGCCACCUGUGGCCCCAGAACCCCAGGCACAUUUCGUUCCCCUUCCCCCAAUAUCCUAUAACUCCAUGACUCUGUUUGACCGUGAGACAGACGACGCCAAAUCAAAACCAUACGGAGGCAUACUGUCUGAAAGCGAACAAGAUACAUCCAGGACACUUCCCACACAAUUCGAUCGCGACAGAUUCGAACAGGCGCGUCUGAAAGCCGAAGAUGAAUGGCAACAGAAAGUGAAGGAAGCAGAACUCAGCGGCGAGGCCACAGCACAUGCAUCACAAAAGGUUUCCGGUCCUCCUUCCAAGAUCAAGUCUAUCAACUUUGGUGGCUAUGAAAUCGAAACCUGGUAUGCAGCGCCUUACCCGGAGGAAUACAGCCGUAACCGUGUUCUGUACAUUUGCGAGUUCUGUCUCAAGUACAUGAACUCGGACUUCGUCGCCUGGCGCCAUAAACUUAAGUGUCCUGCGAAGCACCCCCCCGGUGAUGAGAUUUAUCGAGAUCAAUCGAUCUCAAUCUUCGAAGUUGAUGGGCGCAAGAACCCAGUGUACUGUCAAAAUCUGUGCCUUCUUGCGAAACUUUUCCUAGGCUCCAAGACUCUUUACUACGACGUUGAGCCAUUCUUAUUCUAUGUCAUGACUGAGUAUGACGAUUUGGGCUGCCAUUUCGUUGGCUACUUCAGUAAAGAAAAACGUCCAAGCUCAGCGAAUAACGUUUCCUGCAUUCUUACUCUGCCUAUCCAUCAACGCAAAGGCUACGGAAACCUCCUUAUCGACUUCUCAUACCUCCUUACUCGCAUCGAAGGCAAAAAUGGAUCGCCCGAGAAGCCUCUCUCCGACAUGGGUCUGGUGUCGUACCGAAACUAUUGGCGAUUGAUUUUGUCAUACCAACUUCGUGAUUUGAAGACGCCUGUCAGCAUUGCAGAUCUGUCUGAUCGCACAGGAAUGACGGCAGAUGAUAUCGUAUCCGCCCUGGAGGGACUUCGAGCUCUCGUGCGGGAUCCCAUCACCAAGACGUACGCCAUCCGUCUCGAUCACAAAUAUUACAACGAGGUCAUCAGUGGCUGGGAAAACAAGGGCUACGUCCAGCUCAAUCCAGAUGCGCUGCUCUGGACACCUUACAUUAUGGGUCGUAGUAAUCAGUCUCAUUUCGAUCGUGCUCCCAUUCAUACCGUCGCCCCUCGAGAGGACCCGGACGAAGAUGAAGAUGAGACCGAGGCAAGAGCGACCGACUAUGAGCGCAAUAUUCGAAUGAUGAAUGCGUCGGUUGGAAACACUCUCGCAAACUCCGCUGGACCGCCUUCCACAUUGGCUUUGCGGCCUAAUGCUAAUGGCUCCCACCAUUCUGCGUUCAACCCCGAACCACCUGCAAUCCCCAACCCCGCCGCUGGAAUCCCACCCUCCCGGUUCGAACUUUGGCCUCCUGUGCCUCCUGCAGCACCCCCUAAACGCAGACCUGGCCGCCCAUCUGGUAGCACCAAAAUCAAUAGCAUGUCAAUGACACCCACGGCUGCCCGUAAUGGCGGUCGCGGCACACCUCGGCGACCCUCCGGGCUGGCAAUGGUCACCCCCGGAGGCAGCACUCGUCGUGGGAGAAGCUCUAUUCUCACGGACUCUCCCGCAGCUGAAGCAACAUCUACCCAGGCGAAUGGUCAUGGAACGGAACAGAGCGGAGUUGUCGAGGAAGAAACUGUCGUUGAUGAGAAUGCCAAGGACACGGCUCCUGUACUCGAAGAAGGUACCGAAAAAGAACCGGAGCAUGUUAAUGGAAAUGCUGCUCCCAAGGAACCUGUCAAGACGAAUGGCAUUGAUGCUACCGAGCCGUCCAAUGACGAUACGGAAGCACCUAGUACCCCCGAGAAAACUAACUCCAUCUCGCGGUCGCCUGGAACAGCAGUCUCCCGCCGAUCCAGCGAUAACCCCAAGACACCGCGAUCAGUCCGGAAGGCUUUGGUCGAGAAAAUCCACGUUAUGGUUCCCGCCGAGCUAGAGUCUGCUUCCAAAGGUGAGGGCCAAAAGGCCAUGCCCACUACCAAUGGCACCGACGCAGAUUCAGACGCAGAUGCAGAAGCAGAUAUUGACGCCGAGUACGAAGUGGAUGGGGAUGUCGUGAUGCAGACAUGA